CCGCCGUCUGUCGUACAGGGAUAUAGACACCUGUAUUCAGCUCUGGUGUUGCAACAAAAUAUUUCGAAUGCAGUAUUCAAGAGGCGGGGCCAGUGGAUAAUGAGGCACUGCGACACGCUACUUCAAACAUGUUCUGCUCUGGUGGGUAAAUUACGCCAUUUGACGUCUAGCCAUAAGGUAGCUUAGCUCGUCUGGUGUGCGCUCGAUACUAGUAAUCUUUGUCGUUGCAGUUAAGCAAAUUAAUCUCGAAUAGGCCUAGUUGAUUUCUCAAAACAGUUUUGAUAAGAUGUAUUUUGUUAAUGAAUGUGUAUGGGAACAUUGAUUUGAUAUCGAGUCAGACACGCGAGAUAACUCUGUUUCUUCGAAAACUCAACCGCCAUGCCAAAGUUUAAAGUCAAACCAGCUGCCCAGGGUGACACUCUGCCUUUCUCUGCUAACCUCGGAUCGUCAGCUGACAAUCUAUCACAAUUCCAAGUGGCUGAUCCUGAUGGCGAGAAGCAAUCGGAGAAAAAGAGGCGAUUGCGGACCAGUCCUUGUGAGAUCAUCAGCGACUUCGCGCUGAACGUGUCGUCUGCCCAUGGCCUGCCAAACAUCUUUCGCGCCAAAACAAAACUUGGACGGCUUGUCUGGUCCCUGAUUUUCACGGGCGGGAUUGUGCUGUCCAUCUGGCAGGGUGCCCUGAUUUUUGAAACCUACCUCAGGUUUCAAGUGACAACUGAGAUAAAAAUCAUCACGCACAAUUCCUUGCAAUUCCCGUCAGUCACUGUAUGCAACACUAACAAGCUGCGUCGAUCGGCUAUCAAGUCGUCAAAGCAUCGACAGAUGUUGGUUGUCGAUCUGGUUGCGUCUCUACCUUACUACGCACCGUGUGUCGGGGACGAUUUUCUCUGCCGGGACCGGCCCGUGUGCGUUAAAAGCUUUCUUAUUUGUGAUGGCAUCAGGCAAUGUGGAGAGCAGGACACCAGCGACGAAGAGGAUUGUGAUUACGAUUUCGGCUCGUGCGCCGAAGAAGAGUUCCGUUGCGUCUACUCAGGGAGUCGUUGGGGUCUCUGCAUUCCUGAGGAGAAGAGAUGCAACCGGAGAAAAGACUGCUAUGAAGGCGAGGAUGAAGAUAACUGUGAAUGUAAGAGUUCGGAGUUCAAAUGUGAGAAACGUGGUGGUUGUAUCCCUAAGACUGCCGUCUGCAAUGAUGUCUCUGACUGUCUGGAUGAAAGUGACGAAAAGAACUGCACGCCAGAUGGAACAUACCAGUGUUCUGUGACAUCCUUCAAAUGUGGCCGGGGGGAUGUAUGUAUCCCUAAGGCCUAUUUAUGCGAUAAUCACGAGGAUUGCCCAGAUGGUUCUGACGAGACCCAAGACAUCUGCAACCAACUUUCGACCACAACUGAGGCAACACCAGCUUGUUACUACGGUCAAUUCAACUGUGGGGAUGGUCAGUGUAUUUCCUCUGGUUGGAUGUGUGAUUCCUACUCCGACUGUGCCAAUGGAAUGGACGAAAGCGAGUUAUAUUGUGGCAAGACCAUCUGUGACUCCGGACGGGUCCCAUGCGAUUUGGGCGGUGGAUGUGGUGUCCCGUGUAAUUUGGAAUCAGACUGUUUCAACAGUACCGACGAGCGCAACUGUGAAUGUACCACGACAAAUGAAUCCGGGAUUGACGUCAUUGAACAUGUGUUAUGUUCGGGAAUAUCUGGGAAGAACUAUAGCAAUCCUUUCUACUAUACGUACUACUUAAAUUGCAGUAACACCGGCUGGGUUUGGAGUUCUUUCUUCACCUGCAUUGACGGCCAUAUUACCUGCCAUGAACCUGUGUCUCACAGAGAGACACCGUGCAAAACAGUAUAUACGGAAUGCUACACCAAUCCUAACGGGCAAGAUUACCGUGGUUCCAUUAUGGACGCCCGGUGCCUGCCCUGGACCGACGACGGCGUAGCUGCGCUGGGUUACACGGGGGCUGCCUACCAAGAGCUAGAGGGCGUGCAACCAGGCUCCACGGUGAACCACGCGUUCUGCAGGAACCCCGGAGGCGAAGGGGCGGGGCCUUGGUGCUUUGUGGUGGAGGGGGAACCUGGUUUCACUCGACUUACAAUCCACAACUGUACGGUUGGGCCCCCAAGUGUCACGUGUUCCAGAGAUCACAUACCACCACUCUCUAGACGUCGACGAAACGUGGCACCAGACCCUAAGCCCUCAUCGUCAGUUCCGGGUACGUUUCCUGUUUUUUCUGCAACCUCUGGUAUCUAUGGCAGCUCGUCGUUGCAAUUCCAAUGUCUGAGUGGCGAACGGAUUCGGGCCUGGCAGACGUGUAACGGGUUUCCCGAUUGCCAAGACGGGAGCGACGAAUGGAGCAAAGAUUGCGGCGAUGUUGUGUCAGAAUGCGCAAUAGAUGAGUUCGAAUGCCGAGAGAAAACGCCAGAAGGAACGACGAAAUGCAUUCCCAAGAAGUACGUGUGUGAUGACAUUAACCACUGCUCGUCGGAUAUAGGGGGACCUGGUCUGAUAUCGUCGGAUGAAGAGGCCUGCGCAACUCCAGGCGACGUACCACCGGCCAAUUACUUCCGCUGCGCCAAUGGUCAUAAGAUGGUUCAUAUAUACGACGUCUGUAAUACAGUUCCUGAUUGCUACCCUGAGGAAGAUGACGAGUAUGCUUGUACGUGGAAGAACGGAACAGACGGACGGGUACAAAACCCUUUCAGGGAUCCACUUUGGUAUGAGGAUUACGCCACGUUAGUCAAGGCAAACCACCACUACCUUUUCGACGAGUUCAGCUCUCGUUAUGGGAGGAGCCCUUUUUACCGCGUCAAAGGUGAAUACCCGCCCGACUGGAACGGCUUUGUGACGUACAGCGCCACUCCCGAUUACAGGGACCUGGUCGACGUACCUAAGCUAUCUAGAGAUGAAGUGCAUCGAUUUGGACACCAGGAAGUUGACUUUAUUAUUCAGUGUUCAUACGAUGAGAACAAAUGCGACAACAGGGAUUUCAAGGAAUUCCAAGACGAUACGUACGGAAACUGUUUCACCUUCAACCCGAACGGAACUUUUAUAGCCUCCAAAACUGGCUCGAGAUUCGGUCUACGGAUGACAUUGUUCUUGGAGCAGUCUGAGUACAUCAGUAUCUUUGGUCAGGAGGCUGGGGUCCGUGUUGCCAUCACUCCACCCAACAUCCGACCUAAUCCCACCGACAAUGGAUUCACUGUCAAACCAGGAGCUGUCACCUCCAUUGGCCUCAGAUACAAUUUCAUCAAACGUCAGUCGGACCCUUACGGAAAAUGCCAGCCAUCGAUUGAGAGCUCCUUCAUUCUUGAAAAUGGCCACGUGCGACAUAUCAAACCAGGGGAAGAGUAUGAUAGAGGGCUCUGUAAAAAGACUUGCGUCCAUACCCAUAUAUGGCGACAGUGUCGUUGUUCGGAUACGCUUGAGCUCGAUGGACAACGCUGCGAAAUACUGAAUACAGAGCAAGAUCUCUGUAAGAAAUUGAUGUACUUCCUUCAUCAGAGUGAAAAUCUCACAUGCGAUUGCCCGCAGCAAUGCGAUGAGGUGUACUACACCAAGACAAGUUCAACCUCCGCUUGGCCGUCGGCCAACUUUAUGAAACAUCUUUUGAAAAAUUUGCACUCUCUAAACAAAAAGACAAAACACUUGAACGGCAAUAACAUCAAUGAGAACAUCGUUCGGCUUGAAGUUUUUUAUGAAGAAUUGAACUAUGAAAGUACAAAGGAAAUACCUGCCUACGAGUCAUCAUCCCUAUUGGGUGACAUCGGCGGCAUUAUCGGGCUGUACAUCGGCUUUUCUUUCAUCACCGUUGCUGAAUUUCUCUGUGUCAUAUACAAGCUCGUCAAAAAUGCUUUCAAUUGAACCCCGAGGAAAGUAUUAAAGGCUGCGGGUAUCAUUGUAUCUUGGGCUGCAUUUAAGAGACAACGUGACUACUGGUGAAUUUUUGUGGUUAACGUGCUUGCAUGCUAUCUGCUUCUAAUUGCAUAAACCGUUUUUGUCUAAGAUUGAACGAGAUUUAAUAUUGUCUUCAUAAAAUAAUUUCAGGUUGAAAACGUAGAAUUAUUAUAGAUAUGUACAGUUGAUGUGCAUCUUAACUGGUCUGACUGGAUAAAGUAUUUAGUUACAAAUUAGCUUCAGUAGUGUUACUUGCCUGAGGUCGGGCGGGUAGCUGACUGGCCGACCAGCCGACCAGCCAGCCAAGCAGCCAAGCAGCCAGCCAGCUAUAGUCGGCCGGCCAGCUGGCAGACCCACCGGAUGGCUUGCUAAUUUAAUUAGUUGAUUAUUCUUGCCUUUUCUUUCCUUUUAUCAAAUUAAACUUUACACAUAACACUUGACUUCGGAAAUAAAGCAAGUCUACACCGUUUGGCGUUUGAAGUUGAAAGGGCCAUAUUUCCGUGCUCAUGUCUUCUAAGAAUUCAAAUAAAGUUUUACAAAGAAAUAAUGUUAUUAAUAAUAAUCCAUGGUCAGUGUAAUAUCACGACUACUGAAGGACCUAAUUCCAAAUUAUGGAAAGUAACUCUGUUCCUUAACCUCUUGAACUUCACCUUUUAACCCGGCUACUUCUGGGACUGUGGACACUAUGGUCGUAAAAAUAUUGUAUUACUUUCUUUCAGUGUAUCACAAAUGCCACGUGUGCAUUUUCUGUUAGUCUUGCACUUGGUUUUCCAGAGCCUCACAUGAAGAAGAUUAAAUCGGUGU